ACUCAUUGCUCUCGCUAUAAAUAGUCUUCACUUCUCAGUUCAUAUCUUGUGGCGUUUACCUAAAUGAGUUCUCAAAUCAUGUGGUUGGUUUUUUGGACUUUGAUUCUCAUCGCUAAGUUCGUUUUGGCAGGAGCUUACGAAGACAAAACAGAGGUUCACAUUGCUUACCUAGGUGCACGAAAACACAAUGAUGUAAAGCUAACAACAGCUUCACAUAUUGACUUGUUGAAAUCACUACUCGGAAGCAAAAAGGAUGCAAGGGAGUCCAUGAUAUACAGCUACAAACAUGGCUUCUCAGGCUUCGCCGCUCAUCUCACUUCUUCUCAAGCUAAGAAACUUUCAGAGCAUCCUGAUGUAGUCCAAGUGACUCGAGAUAGCUACUAUGAACCUCAAACGACUAGGACGUAUGACUUCUUAGGGCUUUCUCAAAGCAAUCCAGAAGGCCUUCUUCUCCAGGCUAGGAUGGGUGAGGACAUCAUCAUUGGUUUCGUUGACUCAGGUGUUUGGCCAGAGUCGGAGUCAUUUAACGACCGAGGGUUAGGACCAAUCCCUGAGCGGUGGAAAGGGAAAUGCAUGGACGGUCAAGACUUUGACUCGAAGAAACACUGCAACCGCAAGCUGAUAGGAGCAAGGUACUACUUGAAGAAAAAACGUACAUCAGGCACCGACUACAUGUCCGCGAGGGAAAGUGUGGCUCAUGGUACCCAUGUGGCCUCCAUAGCAGGAGGCUCCUUGGUCCCAAAUGUGAGUGACAAGGGAUUGGGAGUGGGCACGGUGAGAGGUGGGGCGCCCAGUGCACGUAUCGCAGUCUACAAGGCGUGUUGGAAAGGAGAAGAAGAGAAGAGCUGCGAGUAUAGUGACAUCUUAAAGGCCAUGGACGACGCCAUAUAUGAUGGGGUGGACGUGCUGUCGAUCUCACUAGCCAGCGCGAUCCCUAUACUGACGGAAACCAAUAGGCUUGAUGAGAUAUCGUAUGGAGCAUUCCAUGCAAUCUCAAAGGGUAUUCCCGUGAUCUGUGCGGGAGGCAACUCUGGCCCCGGAGCUUACACAGUCUUUAAUAUAGCUCCAUGGAUAAUAACAGUUGCUGCCACCACUCUUGACCGGUGGUUUCCCACACCUUUGACCCUAGGGAACAACGUUACUCUACUGGCACGGACAGCGUUCAAGGGACGUGAAAUCCAAGGGGGUCUAAUAUACGUAGAAAAUGCGAAGGAGAUAACAAGUGCCCUAAAGGGGAAAGUCGUUCUAGUUUUCGUAACUGCAGAUGGAGGAGAUUCUGGUCCAGAAUUUAUAGAGGCUUCUACCGACGCAGAACUGAAGGCUCUCAUAAUCGCAGACAAAAUACAAGAUUUUAAUGUCAUCGUAACCGAUAUCCCUCCAAUAUUGAUAAACAUCGAUUAUGAGCAAGGAACUACGAUGAUGAAGUACAUAGGUUCCACCAGCUUGCCCACCAUAAAAAUAAGCUCCGCAAUCACGCUCACUGGGCCACUUGUAGCCACUAAGGUUGCUGACUUCUCAGGUAGAGGACCCAAUUCCGUAUCUCCAUACGUUCUCAAGCCUGAUAUAGCAGCUCCGGGUGUAGCCAUAGUGGCCGCUACCACCCCAUUAGACCCGGGCGCCCAGAAUGGUUACGUUUCCAAGUCGGGAACUUCAAUGUCCACACCUGUGGUCGCCGGUGUGGUUGCACUGCUCAGAGCCGUCCAUCCAGAUUGGUCUCCUGCUGCACUUAGAUCAGCUAUCGUCACUACAGCUUCGACAACGGAUCCAUACGGAGAACCUAUCUUUGCGGAUGGAAUGUCACGAAAGUUAGCUGACCCGUUUGAUUUCGGUGGAGGGUUGGUGAACCCGAACAGAGCAGCAGAUCCUGGUCUUGUCUACGACGCAGGCGAAGAAGACUAUCUACUCUUUCUGUGUGCUUCAGGUUACGACCAGGCAUCCAUCAAGAACAUAGCGAACAGAACGGAAUAUGAAUGCCCUAUUCCACUGCCGUCCAUGCUCGACCUCAACUUGCCUUCAAUCACCAUCCCUUUCCUCAAAGAAGACGUAACACUCACUAGGACCGUGACCAAUGUUGGACCCGUCAACUCAGUCUAUACGGUCAACGUCCAGCCUCCUCUAGGUAUCGAAAUCAACGUCACACCCAGCAUAUUGAUCUUUUGCUCAUCCGUCAAGCAACUCAGCUUCAGUGUCACGGUAUCCACCACUCACAAAGCUAAUUCCAUCUACUACUUUGGGAGCUUGACCUGGACCGACAUUUCUCACAAGGUCACCAUUCCAAUAUCUGUUAGGACUCAAAUGCUUAUGUAUUUCGACCUUUGAGUUUGGAAUCUCAUCACCUUAAAAAUGCUUUGUGUAAAA